UCCGCGGAUCAAAGUCAUUCAUGUGCCACGCGUAUUUGAGUUACAUUGAACGAGUUGUUCCCAAAUCACAAAUAAUUCGAAAAUUGUUGAGAUGUCCUCAGCCGAGGAGGCGGAAGGGUUGGGAAGAGAAAGCUCGACCCAGGUGGUAACAGCGAGGCUUCCACAAAAGAAGAACUAUCGACAAAGGGCUCACUCCAACCCAAUUUGUGACCACAUUUUUGACUAUCCAGUAUCCCCCGACGAAAUGGAUUGGUCGAAACAUUAUCCAAAGUUUUUCGAGGGCAAAGGAAAUGCAUCCGGUAACAAGAAGCAGGUGGAAUUUUUAGAUGUCGGUUGCGGGUAUGGGGGACUUUUAGUAGCUCUAUCGCCUCUAUUUCCGGACAAGAUUAUGCUUGGAAUGGAGAUUAGAGUGAAAGUUUCUCAAUAUGUACAAGAAAGGGUGAAAGCUUUAAGGGAAAUGCAUCCUGGGACUUAUCAAAAUAUUGACUGCAUUAGAGGGAAUGCAAUGAAAUAUUUGCCAAAUUUCUUCACCAAAGGACAAAUAACUAAAAUGUUUUUCUUGUAUCCUGACCCGCACUUUAAGAGAUCCAAACACAAGUGGAGAAUUAUCAAUAACACUUUGUUAGCAGAGUAUGCUUUUAUUUUAGCGGAGGGGGGUUUGGUGUACACCGUCACAGAUGUUUUGGAUCUCCACGAGUGGAUGGUUAAACACUUUACCGAACACCCCAUGUUUGAAGUAGUCACUGAUGAAGAGCUGAAAGGUGAUGUGGUGGCAGAGCAAAUUAUGGAUAGCACUGAGGAAGGCAAAAAAGUGACCAGGAACAACGGAGACAAGUAUAUGAAAGUGUUUAGAAAACGUACGCCAAAAAUCUCCAUUGCCGAAUUUUUCGGUGUUAAUUCCAACGACUUUCCAUUCUUGAAGGACAAUAAUCUAAAAUAACAUAUGUAGUUUUACAUUCAUAUUAUUUUGCUAAAUUAAACUUUUGGUAUUUUGAUUUAUUUCGCAGUUAUGUACAUAUCUAGUAUAAAAUCGUGUAAUACAAACUGUGUUUAAUACAUUUGAAAUAAAAGUCACUCUGAUACUUGACUUGCGCAGCUGGUAACAGAGAUGCAUAAUACGUACA